AUGGAUUAAUUGAUAUAAAUCAAAGUAAUAUGCUCCUCUAUUUCCCUUUUCAGUAGUAUCACUGUUGCUUUAUUAUUUUUAUCAAACCCAAGUAAUCAAUUAAUUAAAUAUAAGAAUUAAGAACACCAACCUUUCGUUUAGUCCUUUAACUUCAGAUUGCUGAUGCUCUUUUUGCCUUAGCAAGUAUUAUAAAUAGUAAUGAUGAAAAUAAUGGUCUAUGGUAUUAAAUGUCAUAAAUAGUUAAUUCCAGGCAUUUUUGGUGAAUUAUAGUCGUGAAUCUAGCAUAAUAUGGAUUGGAAUAUUUGCUUAUAAUAUGUCUGCCACAAUAGUUGAUAAUGAAGAAUUACCAGGUCUGUUAAAGUUUUAUGUAAUUGCAAUAGGUAUAUAUGAAUUUAAUUAUUUUUAAGGUAUUCCAUUUAUAUUGAGUGCAUAUCCAUUUGCUUGGGAUGCUUAUGGAUUAAAUUAUUCAAUGUGUUGGUUCUUACCUUAUAGCAUUGUAUUAAUGAUUGUGGAUUAUUUUAUUCUUUGUAUUGGCAUACUAUUCUACAUCAUAUAUUUUUAUAUAAAAAUAUAUAACUUCUUGUAUAAGGUUACAGAAGUAAGAAAUAAAUUAAUUAUUGAUAGAUAAAAUCAAAUAAGUUGUUUCUCUAUCCUUUAAGUUUUCUCCUUACUCAGAUUUGGACAAUGAUUGAUAUAUUUUAAAAAUAUGAUGAGAACAGUGUACGAAAUUUCGAGCUAUUUAGAAGAAUUACUCAUUCAAGGAAGUAGCAGUUGCUUUUGUGAGUUUACAAGGUUUUAUAAAUUCACUUGUAUAUGGUUUGACUCCAUAAGUACUUGAAAUUAUAAAAUCCUUCUUUUUUUCAAGUAAUUCAAAAAAUGAGUAAUAACUAUAAAAUGAGAGUCAAUGUAUUAUUAUUUAAAUUAGUAAUAGAUAUUGAUUCAUCUAGAUAAUAAUCCUUUAUGAUGCCAAUGGGUUUAGAUUCUCGGUCAUCUAGUAACAAUAGUUAAUAGAUAAGUAGAUUCAAUCAAUAAUUGGUUUUUGCAAUAAAAUAAUAAUAAAAAUUAUGA